AUGAAAUACAUAUACUGGCCCACGCACUUAUCGCAUGGUAUCAAUGAGAGGGCAGUAGUCGUCGCAUUGAAAGGUCAAGAAACAGACUGGAUUGUACUAUCUUUGAUCCCCGAGCUCGCAUUCGAUCACAUUGCCUAUCCAUAUUUCAGAAUUGGAAUAGUUGACGAGUUUGGAAACUAUACCACAGAACUUAAAGGCGAUCUCCCUAUUAUUGAGUUUCGCCCUCCAAAACUGAAUAUGAUGCAAUUUUUCUCAAUUGAACCAAUACCUCUGAUCUUACCCGAAAAGGAUUCUGACAUAGCUAAUUUAAAUGAAUCAUCGGGUGUAAUCCUUUCAACUUUCGAGACCACACAUUGCACCGCAUUUAGAAAGUCUGUCAGUUUAAUCAAUUUGUAUUAUAAACAUGAGCAUUCGUUUCGGCUCCAAUACCCAGCCUACGAUGGUUUUGCUAAGCAGACAAUAAUAAAAGCGGCGUUUGUUCGCAGUAAAGAGUACUUUAAAUCUACAUUAAUGUACCAUUUUAUUUGUCAUUCCAUUAUUUACAUCGUGGUCUCGAUUCAGUUCGUUGCUAACGGUAUCUCAGGUCUUUUAAAUUGUAGCAUAAUACCUUUCGUGAACUUAUCAGCUACCGCACAACAAAUUGAUCUUCGUUGUCAACAGCUUUGUUAUUUUCCUGUGCAGUACCUAAGAAUCUCCAAGAAUAUUUCAUUCAAUAAAAUGCAGCCUAGACAUAAAAUUAAAGGAAAUUUACCUGCCAAUCAUAAGCGCCGAGACAGUGUUUCAAAAAUAAAAGAGUUCCCCUGUGAAUAUUAUCCGGAUUAUAUUAGGUUAUACAAUACAUUAUGGCUCAUAGUCAAUGACAUAUGCUUUGGACUUACAAUUGGAACUCUACUUCAGGAAAACAGCAAGGCAAUUGGGCGAUUCCUGCACAAUAUUUUGGAGCAGUAUUUUUACAAACUUCUUCACUCUAUUACCAUAUUUUUGGGCGACAACCCCUUUGGUAUCAAAUUGAAUGGUGAGUUGGCUAAAUUUUUGAGUGAAUUGUUUCUAUGGAUUAUUGACUUCUCUUAUCACACUUUCAUUCGAGACAUCAUCAGCCAAGAGAACAUAGAGUGGUUAAUAAAAAUAUUUUCAUGCUCAAGCUGCAUGUUGGGCGUCACAUUUACAUUAUCUCUCAUUGCUGACAUGCUAUCUUUUUUAUCCAUGCAUAUUUCCCUCUUUUAUUUCAUAAGUGCCAAAAUAUACCAUUGGCAAUUACACGUUAUGAUAGCACUUUUUCAUUUGUUUUGUGGUAAAAAGAAAAACGUUUUAAGAAACAGAAUCGAUGCUAAUAUGUUUCAACUCGAUCAACUAUUGAUGGGCACUUUGUUUUUUACCAUUUUGGUCUUUCUUUUUCCAACGGUUUCGGUGUUUUACGUUUCCUACACUUUGCUAUGGAUGGUUAUCGUCAUUCUCGAGGUUAUUUUGGAAUCUUUAAUGGCUUCAUUGAAUCAUUUUCCCUUAUUUGCACUUUUAUUGAGGCUUAAAGACCCAAGCAGAAUACCAGGUGGUGUCUCUGUUUAUGCUCAAAAAUCUCCUGGAAAGUUUGUGUUGAACAAUAGCCCCCUUACUGUUAGGCGUAUGUUCAAGCCUUAUAUAGUGCUGAUGGGUAUUAUGGCCGACACUUAUUUUUCUUCAACGACAGUCCGGCAGGUUUUAGUAGGAAAGCCUAUUGUGGUGAGGAGAAAUCGGAUGUAUCAGGUCUUGUAUUCAGCAUUACCGAGGAAACCUAUCAGCGCUCAAGAUUUAUGGGAUACCUUGAAAAAAGCCAUGGCCUGA